AUGUUGAAACUCGAAACUGUUACAGAUCUGCCAACAAAUCACACAAUAUCCAACAAUCAUGAUAUCAAUGACCGUGUUGCAGUUAUUAUAAUACUCGUGGAUUUUGCUUGUCCUUCCGAAGCCCAUGAUGAUGAACGAAAUCAUUUACAAAAUUUACAAUCACUCCGGAAAGCUGAACAUUGGUUGAAAAAUCGUUUUCUCCGACAACAACUCGGAAAGAAGAAAUGGCUACUCAGAAGAGAGUUAAAAUACAAGCAUUAUUUUCCACUCGAGUUCAUGGACGAUCAAGCCUUUGUAUUGAAUCAUAUUCGGAAAUACGGAUAUGGAUAUCGUUUUGCUUCCAAAGCCUUGAAAAGUAAACCGCAACUGAUUUUAGAGGCCAUUCAACACAAUGAUCUUUCUUCAAUUGAUAAUCCCAACUUGUUGAAGGAUCGAGAAUUUAUUCAAAAAUGUGUUCAGCUCAGUGGUCCAAGUAUUCGUCAUUUCAUCAAUCAAGCAUUGGAUAGGGAAAUUGUUUUGGCGGCUGUGAAACAAGAUGGUCAUGCAUUAGCAUAUUUUCGACAAACAGAUUUUCAUAAUGAUCGAGAGGUGGUGAGCCAAGCCGUUCAACAAAAUGGUCGUGCUCUUGAAUAUGCUUCUGUCAAGUUGAGAGCAGAUAAGGAAAUUGUAUUACAGGCAGUAAGGCAAGAUCCUUCUGCAAUACAAUAUGCUUGUCAUGAAUUACAAUUGGAUAGUGAUGUGUUUUUGGCAUCGAUUUGUCCCAAUGUUGCACAUAAAUAUUCCAACACAAAUUGGAACAAUAAUGCAACUUGGUUGUUUGAAACACUCAAGCAUGAUCCAGAAUUUAUUAUGGACGCCGUAUCUCGUAAUGGUUUUUCACUUGAGCAUGCAUCCAUAGACCUUAAAGGUAAGAAGGAAAUUGUAUUGGCGGCUGUUCGAAAUCAGCCACAUGCAUUGAAAUAUGCUGUCGAUGAUUUAAAAAACGAUCGAGAGGUCGUUUUAGAAGCUGCUCAACGAGAUGGUACCUCACUGCAAUAUGCUUCAACGCGAUUACGAUCCGACAAGGAAUUGAUUUUACUCACAAAUAUUCUAGCAUUUGAAUAUGCGUCCAAUACAUUGAAAAACGAUAAGGAUUUUGUGUUGAAAAUAUUAAGAAAAUUCGGAGGAGCUGCUCUACAAUACGUGGGUUAUAGUUUGAGAAGUGACAAGGACGUGGUGCUACAGGCAGUUUCAAUGGCUGAUCGACACUAUAGAACACUUGAACAUGCAUCGAAAUCUCUCCUAAAAGAUAGGGAUGUGGUGUUGGCAGCAGUGAAAGCGUGUGGACUUGCACUUUUGUGUGUAUCAGAAUUGUGGGGUCAUGACAAAGAGAUUGUAUUGGAAGCAGUCAAACAUGACAAACUUGCCUUUAAUUAUGCAACAAAAGAACUGAAAGCCGAUAAGGAUGUUGUUUGGGCUGCUAUGGGUAGUGGGUUGAAGGGAGUGCAGGUUCUGGACAAGCAAGAAGCUGUUGAGAUUGUGAGACGUUAUGGAAGGGCCUUGGAUUACCUUCCAGAUGUUUAUCAGAACGACCAUGAUGUUAUGUUAGAAGCGGCCAUUCAUGGAGGAUAUGUUAUGGAUGAAUAUUGCGAAGAAUUUUUAAGGAAUCAUUUGGCAAGGAGAAUGGAACACUGUUAUUUUGGAGUGUAUUUGGGAGAAAAAGUAUGA